UAGUGUGUAUAUAUUGUUUGUUUUGUUUUGUGGAGUUUUGUAUGUGUAUCAAAUCAAAAUUCCUCGUACAUGUGUCCUCACACCUGCCAAAUAAAGCUGACUCGGAUUCUUUUAUUCCGCCAAUGCAAAAAAAACACAAUUUCCCAGGUAGCUUUGCGAUUGGAAAAACAAAGAUGGAGAUCCAGCUAUCUCAGGACGUGAUGUGAAUGAAACGUCCAACAGAUGAACGAAAGGACACGCGCAGCCAAUUCACUGCAGACAGCUCACUGCGGGUUAACUACCUAACACCGAAGUGUCUACGUCGGUACAAUUAACAGAUAAAAUGCCUUCUCCUAAAGCUAAAAACCCCGUUCGCGGUGGUGGAAGCCCGGUGCUCGGGAGCUCCAACGGCCGCUACGAGUUCAUGUCACUGACGAAGCCGCUGAACCGGUCCUCGCCGUCGCAUCUCCACCAGCGGCAGGGCUCCGAGCCGGCCACGGCUCGCUUCCGAGCUUCGGAGAGCCCCACUCGGCGCCGGGGCUCCAGCUCCUCCACGGGCUCCGGGAGCGGCCAGGGGCUGCCAGAAGAGGACGGUAUACGGCUCAACCCCUCCUUCAUCCGCGUAGCGCUCAGCUCGCUUCUCGCCAUUGACCUGUGGAUGUCCAAGCGGCUGGGGGUGUGUGCCUGUGAGGACUCUUCCUGGGGCAGUGUUCGCCCGUUAAUGAAACUGAUAGAGAUCUCGGGACAUGGCAUCCCCUGGCUGGCUGGUACCGCCUACUGUAUGUACAAGAGUGACAGUGCCCCAGGACAAGAAGUCAUGCUCAACCUUCUCAUGGGCCUGCUGUUGGACCUGGUCCUGGUCGGCAUUGUUAAGGCGGUGGUGCGUCGGCGUCGGCCAGCACAUAACCGCAUGGACAUGUUUGCCACCUUUUCUGUGGACCGCUACUCUUUCCCAUCAGGCCAUGCCACCCGCGCCGCCAUGUGCGGCCGCUUCCUGCUCGCCCACCUGGUGCUGGCAGCCCCGCUGAGGGUCCUGGUCCUGCUGUGGGCCAGCCUGGUGGGGCUGAGCCGAGUGAUGCUGGGCAGGCACAACGUCACUGACGUGAUGUUUGGCUUCUGGAUGGGCUAUUGCCAGUAUAACCUAGUGGAGAUGUUGUGGCUCUCACCUCAAACCCUGCAAGGGCUGCUGGGACAGUUAGCUUAACAUUAGGGAUUGAAGGAGUACAAAAGAUGGAGGUUUUAAACUUGAUUGUAGGACCACCUGCACACCUUUUUGUCUUUUAGACUGAUACACGUAUAGGAGAAAUUGUCCUUAGACUAGAGACGAGAGCUUUAUCAUACACAGCUUUGUUCUGCUGUUAUCUGACUCUUAGGUUCAAAAGGCUGCUUAUAAUAAAUAGUAUGGGACUUUUAAUCAGAAUAGACCAGGAGACAUUUGUCCAGAUUAGCUGAAGCCCCCUCACUCUCCCUGCCGACCAGAUUCACUGGAAAUGAUUUAGGGCGUUUUCACACCUGCCUUGUUUAGUUCGGUUAAAUCAAACCCCGAAGCGUUUGCUUCCUCUGUGCUGUUUGGACAGGUGUGAACACAGUAAACACUAGGGGUGGGAAAAAUAAUCGAUUCUUAGAUGUGUGUCGUGAUUCUCUCUAGAACGAUUUGAUGCUCGAUUGGGAUACGUUAAUAUUUUUUUUUUAUGUGUUGAUUUUUAUUUAGAAGUUACUGUCUCCAGACAACCAAUCAGAAAAAAGUGACUGCAAGAGAACGGGACAAUGGACAACAACUUAGAGUUUAGGCAAAAGUGCAGAAAAAAACACACAAAAAUGGCCAAAAAAAAAAAGGUUUUGUAUAUACAAUGCGGCUCAUGAGUAUAGGAACCUCUGAAUAAGGUGACUAAAAAGAGGGAUAAAAAAAAAAAAAUCAUCUUUUGGAAAUUGAUCUAAUUGCUUUAAUUUAAAAAUGAGGAAAAAUCCAACCUUUAAGGACACCAGUUUUCUUUGUGAAUGAAAAAUGUGUCGUAAAUAAAUAAAUGUUCUUCCUUAAAAUACAGGGGGCAUACGUAUACACACCCCUAUGUUAAAUUCCCAUAGAGGCAGGUAGACCUUUAUUUAUUCUUAAUAUCUUUUUUAUCUUUAUUUUUAAAGGCCAGUUAUUUCAUGGAUCCAAGAUAAAGUUCUCUUGGCCUUUUGGCAUUAAAUAAACCAUUUUUCCAGAUUCCAGAUCGGCCCAUCUGAGCUUUCAUUUUCUCAAAGGCAGAGCAGGACACCCAGGGCUCGGUUUACACCUAUCACCAGUUCUAGCCACUGGGGGACCAUAGGCAGGCUGGGGGAACUCAUACUAACCAAUGUCAAUAAGAUCUGUACAAAACAAGUUUCUAUGAUAAUCAUAUUUUGUACAUAAUGAAAACGAUGUAAACACUGUGAGUUUUAAAAAGUAAUGGCUUGUUUUUUUUCGCGAAACAUUUGGAAAAGCCCAUAAAUCAUAAAUUCAUACGCGUGAUCAAAUUGGAGGCAUCGAAGGAUUUGACACGGCAUCCUCCUCGCGUUACUUCGACCUCGCAAGCAUUGCAUACUGUAAUUUGCGCGUCUUUUUUUUUUUUCACUGGGAAAAAUGACCAGACAAGUUGCUUCGUCUUUAGCAUGUAAAUCCUGCGCUCCGUCACUAACUCUGUGUGGCAAGAAACAACAACACACACACACACACACACACACACACACACACACACACACACACACAAGAGCUGCUGUGACACACAAUGGCAGCUAGACAGAAACAUCACCCGUUUCCGAUAUUUCGUACAUUCCCAAGUUUGCUUCUUGACCCCCACUCAUUAAAUCUCAGCCCAAGCAGAUUUGGAACUACUAAAUAAUAUAUUUCAUUUUUUUAAUUGGUACUUACAGUCAGAUGAAGAUAUGUGGGUGAAUAACAACCUGUUAGAGACCUGCGGCCCUUUGCUGAAUGUCAUCUCCCACUUUCUUGACUUAAUAUGUCCUAAGAACCCUAUGGAUCAAUUCAAGUGAUGGUUUUGAGAGCUUGCACUGUGAAAACACAACUGAAGCCACCCUCUUUGCACUCGAAUCACUCUCGUCUCACAGAUUUGAAUAUGCUACAUAUUUUCAUUAAGUUAGAACUUUAAAAAAAAGAAUAUGUAACUAGUUACUCACCUCAUUUCUCAUCAGCGCCGUGGCAGUAUGUAGUAAUGACAAGAUACAUGAUUGGAAUAAAUGAAACUACAGUGCAUACAUAUAGGGCGACUUGACACGGCCCGUUUAAAUGUGAGUUCUAUGCUACAUGCUGUCAUCAUAUCUUAGUUUUGUGAAAAUGUAUGUGAAUAUGAAGAAAGCCAUAGUUUCUCAUGUACUAGUCUCGCUUUGCCAGACCUUCCUCCACGGCGCGGCAGAGGGGGGGGGGGUCUGUCCAGUUCACACAGCAUUCCGUGAUGGGUGAAAAACAUGCUCUGGUUUAUUGGCAUCUUUUUAAACCAAUCACAAUCGUCUUGGGUGGAGCCACAGUGCCGCUGCGAAAUCGCCUAGUUAUAGUCCUGCAGAAAACUCAGAUUGGACAAAUAGUCUAGCUAGCUGUCUGGAUUCACCCUGCAGCCCCCCCCCCCCAGCACAAAGAAAGUCCAAGGCAACGGUUUUCUGGCCAAAAUGAGUGAAAUCUGGCGGAUUUUGCGGAGCACUCCCGAAAGUGGAACGUCAAGGUUUUCAGACUACUCAACUAACUCUGACGUGAUAUCACAUGACUCACGUCACAUUUUUAAUUUCAAUUUCCCACUAAUUCUCAGUUAAAGAUUCACAAGAGCAAUCUGGGAAAAGGGAUCAACUAACAGCCAGGUGUUGAACUGUUGAGGACUGGUCUUGAAUCCUAAUGUAAGGUCACGAGCGUGACCCUGUGGGUCAGCGUCGUAUGUUCCUUGCUGACUUUGUCUGGUCGGGCAUUGUAAUUUUCGAAAGCUGCGCUUUUAUUGAUUGAGCCAUAUACACACACUGACACAUUUAAACGCAUAAAUUAAAUGACACCAGCAGUCAAGAUGUUGUGACACAGAGGGCUAGUGUUUGUCAUUCAGCCAUUACAGCAUGUGGUUAGCUGAUCGGUGCCCUGACAGUGUGUUGGCUGUCACACACCUGGCCCAAAUCUGAAGAGAAAAU